UGAGAAGCCAACUACGGACGCAACUCAGCCUUGUCGAUUUUUGGCUCGAGCUUGGGUGAUGCUAGAGAGAGCUGCCGCCCGCAUCGCAAGGCUUGCCGUCUGAGCCCACCCACCAUCCCGCCAAAGUUCGCGCGAAUUGACCUCCCGGGCGCCAACCACAGACGCGAGCGCCGUCCGCCGACAUUCAACUGUCCACCUACCCCGCUCCUAGACCAUCAGAGUGUGAAAAACGCUCACAACUCCAUCAAGAUGAAGCUCGUCAGGUUCUUAAUGAAGUGCACCAACGAGACGGUGACCAUCGAGCUCAAGAAUGGCACAAUCGUCCACGGCACGAUCGCGUCGGUGUCGCCGCAGAUGAACACGGCGCUGCGCAACGUCAAGAUGACGCCCAGGGGCCAGGACCCCAUCCCGCUCGACGCCAUGAACAUACGCGGCAGCACCAUCCGCUACUUCAUCCUCCCGGACAGCCUGCCCCUGGACACGCUGCUGGUCGAUGACGCACCGAAGCCGAAGAACAAGGCUCGCAAGGAGCCCGAGCGCGGCGGGAGGGGAGGAAGGGGAGGCAGGGGUCGCGGUGGCCCCCGCGGCCGCGGCCGCGGCUUUGGUAGGGGAAGGGGUUAAAAAGGAGGAUACGUGUCGGAGUGUUGGCCUGUAUUUGCGUGGUUAUGUCUGGGUGCCGAUCGCUUGACGCACGGUAUCCACGAAGCGUGAGUUGCCCUGUCACGGCGAGCUCCUGUUUGCCCAUGCGGCUUGGCAGUCGUUGCUUCUGCCCGUAUGCUGUUUAGGUAGGUAGGGCUCCUGACGCUAAUCGCCGGUUUAUCUAUCCGGAUAGUUUGCGUACUAGAAUAAUGAUACGGGAUGGUGAUAGAGAAUUGGAAGGAAAGCAUCAGAGGUUGAGGCGCUAGGUUUGGGUUGAUAUUUUGACAACGAUCUGAGCGUACACGAAAAUACCACCAACUAAAAUA